AUGUCGACGACAAAACCAAAAGGGGGCAGCGUGGAUGGGAGCCUCCUGCACCGUCACCCCGCCGCCAUGCUGAGAGUAUCGUUGUACCGCCGGCUGUUCGAGGAGGAGCCGUGGGCCAGCCAGCCGUCUGGGGGGCGGUACCUCUCCUCCGCCAGAGGCAGGACAACAGAAUUCCAAUGGGAGGAGCCUGACUUUAAAGCAGCCCGUGCUCUGAACAGAGAAGGCAUGUCUCAAUUUAAGAAGGAACGUGUCAUGAUUGCUGAACUCAAUGACCGACUGGCUCUGUUGUUUGAAAUGGCCCGAUGUCUGGAGGAAGACAAUGUGUCUCUGGAGGCCCAGAUCCUGGAGCUGGAGGAAAAACUGAGCAAACAGGAGACUGCCAUCUCCAUUGGACUGCCUGAAUGCGGUCUGGAGCUGGUGGUGGAGCGACUACGCAGAGAGAAGGAACAGAUCCUGUGUGAUGUCGCUAUGUUGAAGGGAGAGCUGGACCUUCUGCAGGUGCAGCAUGCUGAGGCUGUCGAGCAGAGGUCACUGAUCUGCCUGGAGAGGGAGGAUGUCGCCCUGGAUGUUGAUGUAGUGACCGCAGAAUGCCUGGCCCUGAAGGAGCAAGCGGGCAUCUACGAAGACCAGCUUGCCAUGAUGCGGGUGGAGUAUGAGUCGAGGGUUGAGAACAUGGCUGAACCUGCCAUGGCUGUUCCCGUGGUAACCUUGGAGUUUUCCAGCCCUGAUGUCACCCCUGCCAUCUUGGAUAUUGAGGAAUAUUUCUGUCAGCUGGCCAAAAGCUUGCAGUUUAAGUCUAAGGUGGUGGCCGGCAUCGCUGUGGGCGAGCAGGAUGAGGGCACGAAGGCCAAACUCUCUGGAGCAAGAAUGGCGGACAUGUCAAAGGUGGACGAGCUGAAAACAAAGAUUGCUGAGCUGCAGAAAGAGCUAGCGGAGCUGGAGAGAUACGGAGAGGAGCUGGAUGACACAAUCUUACAGAGGAGAGCUGCUUACCUGGAGGAGGUCGAGGAGCUGGAGGACUGCUUGGCUGAGCUGGAGGCUGCCCAGGCCCAGCUGGGGGCACAGAUGAAGGAUCAGUGUGGAGACUACCAGGACUUGCUGACUGAGAAGAUGACCCGGGAUAUGGAGAUUGCCUACUACAGGGGAUUGGUGGAAGUGGAAGAAGAGAGGCUGCACUACCUGUAA